AUGGAUAACGAUUACAAGGUUAUCUCAGGCUCUUCCAAUUCACUGCAAUCGGUCUGUAGUGAUAGUAAAGAUUGCAAAGAAGAUGUAAACAAAACUUAUAACACAAUGAAAAAUUUGCAAUAUGACGAAGUUCAAACAAAACUACGUGAACUUUUACAUUCUGAUCAAUCAUAUGUUUUCAAUCUUACGUGUUUCAAUAAUCAAAACCAAAGUGAAAAUAUCAAUCGAUCAGGUAUAAUAAUUGAAUCAAAUACCCUGGAAGAACCAGAUACUGAAGCCAGUUUUACUUGUGUAUGUACCAAACCGAUGUGUAAUGGAAUACAAAAAUAUGCACAACUACAACAAUUAUUGCUGCAAUAUGGACUAUUACCAUUAUCAGAUAUAAUACCACCAGUUAUACAAGAAACAACUACAACAACUUUAACUACAAUGCGAACAUAA